AUGAGGUCCAAAACUCAAUGUGGCAUCAAUCUCAACCUGAUCCUCCUCUGCUGCUUCUUCAUCUUCCUCUUCACCAUCUUCAUAAUCAGAUCAAACUUCUCAUCUCCCCUCCAAACCCCAUCCACAUCCACAUCCAUCAACAUCUCCCAAGCCCAUCUCUCAACCUCAACCCCUCACUCCAAAUCCCCACAAUCCUCAACACCAUGCCCUUCCCUUGAACAACCCUUCAUCCCAACAUGCACUAAAACCCCACCUUCCCUAGCCAAUGCCAUCAUUCACUAUGCAACAACAAACAUCACCCCACAACAAACCAUCAAAGAAAUAUCAGUCUCAUCCAGAAUCCUACAAAAGAAAUCACCCUGCAAUUUCCUAGUCUUUGGCCUUGGACUUGACAGCUUGAUGUGGACAGCUCUCAACCAUGGAGGAAGAACAGUUUUCUUGGAAGAAGAUAAGUCAUGGAUUGAGCAAAUCCAACAAAAGCUACCCAACUUAGAGGCCUACCAUGUUUCCUAUGACACCAAGGUUCACCAAGCAGACAAGCUCAUGGAGAUUGGGAUGAAGGAAGAGUGCAAAGUUGUUGGGGAUCCAAGAUUUUCAAAGUGUGAAUUGGCCCUCAAGAACUGGCCAAGUGAGGUGUAUGAUAUAGAGUGGGAUUUGAUCAUGGUGGAUGCACCCACAGGGUACUUUGAUGGAGCUCCAGGCAGAAUGAGUGCCAUAUACACAGCUGGGUUGUUGGGGAGGAACAGAGAGGAAGGGGAGACUGAUGUGUUUGUGCAUGAUGUGGAUAGAAAUGUAGAGGAUAAAUUCUCAAAGGCUUUCCUUUGUGAAGGAUACUUGAGAGAACAAGAGGGUAGAAUUAGGCACUUCACCAUUCCAAGUCAUAGGGCUCGCUUAGGCAGACCCUUUUGCCCAUAG